AUGAUUUUUUAUAAAAGACUUAAUUGUUAUAGAGUGCUAUUGGAAUGGUUAAAAUCCAUAAGUUCUAAUGGAGAACUUCUGGUGGUCACAAAUUCUGUUUUAUAUGAACUUGUAAGAUGUAAAGACAGAAAUCGUUUAACUCCUUUACAAUUACUUGAUAAUGAUUUCAAAGAUUUAAUUUGGAUACCUGAUUAUAUUGAUGAUAAGCAGAUAAAUUUCACUUAUAGAUUCGAUGACAUUGAUAAACAUAAUAUGAACAUCGUGAAAGAAGCAACAAAUUCUAAUGGUUUAGGAGGUGUAGGAAAUAUUGGAGAGAAUAAAAUCAAAAUACGUAACAUAACUCAAUUUUAUAAUUGGUGGGAUAGUAGGAGAGGUGGAAGUGAUAUUUAUGUAUUUGGAUCAAACAUGAAUAACAAUCUUGGGGUUGGUGACUCAACUGAUCGUCAAAUACCGUGUAAAUUACCUAUUCAGAACUUUAAGCUUGAUGAUGAUUUAUUACACAAUCCUCGAUUUAAAUCCAUUAAAAUAUCAAAGAAUCAUUCUAUAAUAGUGACACAAGAUGGAAUAGCUUAUUCUUGUGGAAUAGGUAGUAGAGGUAGAUUAGGUCAUGGAGAUUUGACCAAUAUUUAUAGAUUCAAACAGAUUAAUGAUUUACCUCAUGUUAGAGAUUUAAGCAUUUCACAAGAUCAUUCCAUUGCUAAUUGUGAUGGUGAUAUUUAUGGUUGGGGAUUGAACAAUUUUGGCCAAUUGGGUUUCCUUUCUACCAACAAUACCGUCAAACUAGGUAAGGAUUUUAAUGAUGAUUUUGAACUGAAACCUCAAUUGAUUUAUUCUGGUGAUUUAAAGAAGAAUUCGAAUGCUAUUAAAGGUAUAGAAGUUUCAAAAAUUCAUUCAUUAGCAUACACAAAGAAUGAUAUAUUCUUCUGGGGUUUAAAUAUAGGACAAAUGGGAUUUAACACUGAAGGUAAUAUUGAAUACAAAUUUAACGGUAUUACCUAUAAAGGUGCUAUCCAAGGACAAUCACGUAAAAUCACAUUAAGAGAUGACAUUAAACUCGUAGCGACUUGUGAAUCCAUUACAUGUGUCAUCACAACUUCUAAUGAUAUUCACAUUUAUUCUCAAGGACAGCAUAUUAAAUUACCCAAAAUUCCUAUUAGGGGUUCAUUGGAUAGAAAUUUCCAUAAAUUUUCUCCAGUAAAAACGACCAAGCAAGCAAAUAUUGUUAAAGUUGUUAUGAAAAGUGGUGAAAACGUUGGUCUUUUGUUAGAUAGUGGAGAUGUAAUGGGUUUCAAUGCUACAGAUACGAGAAAUAUCAAAUAUUCCAGUAUUUGGAAAUCUCAUGAUAGUGAUUUAAGAGCUACUGACAUCGAUAUAUCAUUGGAUGGUUCUAUUGUGUUGACCACACUGACAGGGUUGGUAUUCAUGAAAAAUCUGCAAAGUACUAAAAUCAGGAAGAACUCAAUGAGUGAAACCUCUUUACCAAUCCCCGUAAAGAACAAAUUUAGAAGAGUAGAUUUCAUCAACAAGAUUGGUAAAGUUGCUACUAAUGAUACUUUCACAACUUUUGGUUUCAUAAGAGACGAUAUUGAUCUUAUUCCUUUGAAAGUACCACAAAACACUUUUAGAAAAGACAUGGAAUAUUUGAGUUGUGUUAUACCUGUUGAUUAUUAUAGGAAACAACAUCAACUAUUUGAUUCUUCUACCAACGGUACGUACACUAGUGAUUAUAUUUACUCAACUCAAGCUGAAGAGGAAGCCGAAGAAAGUGACGAAGAAGAGGAAGAAGAUGAAAAAGUACUUCAAUUAGAUCCUCUUUUCAUCCGUCAUACAAACAAAUAUUCCAAUAACAACAAAAGAAUUAGAACUCGUGAUACCUUUGAGCAAUUGGAUGUUGAGUAUUUCAAGACCUUAGUGAGGAAAGAUGAUUUAUGUCUUGCUGACGAAAAAUCAUAUGAUGGUAAGAUAACUUUCACUGACGACGAUACCGAAAUACCUUUCCAUAGCCUUAUUUUUGAGGCAAGGUCUUCAGUGACUAGAGGAUUAAAACAAGAUGAGUAUUUAGAAUAUGAGGGUGCUUCAGCUAGAAUCAUUCAGAAAGGAUGGCAGUUCUCUAACAUAGAUGUGAGGUCAGCUAUUAUCUUUAUUCACUUCAUUUACACCAAUAAAAUUAUCGCCAUAUGGGAAAAUGAAGAAGCAAAAACCGUCAAGGAUGACUUUGAAAAAUUGGUCAAGAUGUUUAAAAUGUCUGAUCUUUUCGGUACUGUUACCAAAGAUGAAACUUAUUUCGACCAAUUAAGAUCCAUACAUGACAUUCUGGGGAACAAGAUUGGUGAUGAUACGUUCACAGUGAAACUUAGUGAUGGGGAAUUAGUCUGUGUCAAAAGCAUUUUGGUAGCUAGGCUGGCAUUCUUCGAAACAACUUUAUCACAAAGAUGGAACACUUCAGAAUUGUCUUUCAACUGGUCGGUCUUGGAAUUUUCGGUAGUUCUUCGUCACUUGUACGGAUUCAGUGACUUUACCGUCUUCGAACCUUUGGUUGAAAACUCUUCAACCGUUGAUGAUUUGAUCAAUAGUUUACUUGAUUUGAUCUCCAUUUCUGACGAGUUGUUAUUGUUCUCAUUGAAAAAUCUAUGUGAAUUGUUAUUAAAAGAUUUCAUAACAAUAGAUAACGUAGUGAUUCUCCUCAUUCAUGCUGAUAAUUUGUUGGCCAAUAAGUUAUUCUUGAACUGUUGUUGGUACAUUUAUAAUAACUUAGAAGUGUUGUUGUUGGACCAGUCUUUAUUAACAAUUCCUAUGGAAACAUGGAUGAAGUUAGAAGCAAACAUAAGAAGAUUAAAUGGCUGCAAAAAUAAGAACAAUGAACAGGGAUACGAUGAAAGUGAAUGGUUGGUCUCCAAGUCAAUCAUAUUGGUGAACGAUUUCAUUAACAAUAUGGAACACUAUAAUCAUAAUUUUAUGAUUUCAGGAAGAAACUCUUUUGAACCAGUAAUCGAUGUCAAGAUUGAUGGGCCACCAAAAGAUAAACGUCGUAAAAGUAGAAAGAGUAGCAGCAGUGAAAAACCCGACAUCAAAGAAUUAAGGGCUAAAGCCACCAUGGCCAACGAAAGUGCCAUUGAAGAUACUUCUGAAGAUAAUAUUGAAGUUAAAGAAAGCUCAAAUAGUUUUGAAGUAGUUACAAGAAGAAGAAGGAAAGUUGAGUUCGAAAAGAAAUCUCCCAGUCCACCAGUUUCGGUGCCUCCAGUUAUUGUCCAGCCAUUCAAUAAUGGACUUAAAUCAAGGAGAUCAUCAUCAUCUUCGGCCAACUCGAGCUUCAGUAGUAUCAAUGAUAAUUCAUUUCCUGUUUUGGGCAAAGCCAAAUCCCCAACACCUUCUUCAUCUGGAGCAACUUCGGCUACUCCUUUAAUUCAGAAUGUUCUUGGAAACGGUCUCAGUCCUCAUUCAAAUUGGGCUUCAAAAUCAACAGCUGCUCCGGUGUUUGACAUAAGACCAAGCUCAUCAUCAACUGCUGGUAUCACCGUAAAGUUGGAAGAUUUAGAGAUCAAGAAAAAGAAGAUAGGCCCUAAUUUCAAAUUACCUCAAAGGGAAAGAAAAAAGUUGAUUAAUAAUGAAGAUUUCCAAUGGGGUGUUCCCAGACCUGCCGUAAUCUCACCAAGUACACCAGCAACUGGACCGUCAUCAUCAACUAUCUUACCUGUCAAUGGUAGUACCACCAAAAGAGUCGAGGGUAAUUUCCCAACUUUAGGUAAGAAGAAAUCACCACCUCCACAACCCAGAAAGAAGUCCAUUCCUAUUGCACCCGAGACCAGAAUAAAUCCCACACCCAAAUCCACCUCCCCAGUGCCUAUUACUACAGGUUCCAGUGGCACCAAUCCUAAUAAUUCAUCUGGUUUAGGCUUAACUUUAACAGACAUUAUGAUUCAAGAAUCCUUGAAAAUAGAGGAAUCAAGACAAAAGGAAAAUGAAAGAAAAUCCUUCCAAGAAAUACAACAAGAACAAGAAUUCGAUAGAUGGUGGCAAGAAGAAAGUAGAAGGGUCCAAGAACAAGAACUUCGUAGAGCUCAAGAGGAUGCAAAAAAAAGAAAACCCCGUAAAAGAAGCAAAUAA